CAAUCCCUAGUAAGGUUGCGAGAGCAAGAGAAGGCAUAACAUAAGACAGCAGAAGAGGAAAAGAAGACAACCUUAGCCAAAAACAAAGCAUGGGUUUACUGUGGUGGCGGAAGGAGAAUAAACCCCAAGACAAUUCCCAACCAAAACCAUCCUCCUCAAUUUCCAAAUCCAACGCCGCAGACACAACAAAACCCCUCGCUGAGGCCCCAGGCAUGAACGGCGCCGUUGAGGUUCCCCGACCACCCAACGCCACCCUGUCGGUUUUCGAGUUCGGCUCCGUCGCCGCUUCCAACGACAAGGUCACACUCGCCGGCUACUGCCCCGUAUCCGAAGACCUCGAGCCCUGCCGCUGGGAGAUCCUCCCGGCGAUUCAGUCCAACGCGCCUCAGUUUCGCGUAGUUUUCUGAUUUCAUCUCUAUCUUCUACUUGUGCCAUGGAUUCAAUUUUAUCUAUUUUUUGCUCUAAAAACACGUUCGAGUUACUUUAAGCGAAAUUCUCCCCAUUUUAUCUCUCUUUUCUUUUCGUUUUGUCAAUUUGGUAACAUUGAUGAUGGAUGCAUGUUAUGUUCUGAGGUUCGUGAAUUAUUCGUCCCCAUUUUUGUAAUCAAAAAGUCCCAAUGGAGUUAGGUCGUGUUAUGUGGAAGAUGCUUUUUGUGGGAGGAUAUUGCAGUGACCACGUUCCUCUGAUAGGUCAUGGCGUUCAUAGACACCAGUUUCCUCAGAACUUGUUAUGCAGUGAUUCAUUCACUAAAUUUUAAUUUACUCAUUUUCUGCUGCGUUUGAAACA